UAUGGUUAAGUACUUUUGAGUUGUGAUGGUCCAAAAUAGAGCUUGUCUAUUUAAACAAACCUGAAACUCGUCUUAUUUUCUUCUACUUCAUCCCAAGACUCAUACCUCUCAAAACAUAGAAACCAUGGAGCUUUCUCAACUUGGUUUCCUUGAGGAACUACUUGCUCCUAAAAAAGACUCAUGGAACGCUUUAUCCACCGGUUUAAACGACCUACUUCUUCCCAAUGGUUGGAACUUCGACUCAUUCGAUGAAAAUCUACUCAUUAACCCGUCUCUAAACCCUUCAUUUGCUUCGUUUUCGUCACCGUUAGACCAUAGAUUUGAAUGCUCUUAUGGAACUGAUGCUGUUUCAUACCCUUUUGUGGAUGGGUUUACUGUUCCAGAGCUUGAUGAUUCAACACCGCUUUUACCGCAAGAGGGUGUUGAAGAGUUCGGUUUUGUUGGAAGUGAGAGCAAGGGUUUGGAACAGAGUGGUAAAAUUAGUUGUAAAGUUGAGGAACAAGUGAGUGAGAUUCCUGUUUUUGAUAUGGGUUUGUGUGGUGGUGGUGGUGGUGGUGGUCAGAAGAAAGGUAAAUCCAAAAGGGUUGAAGGACAACCUUCCAAGAAUCUCAUGGCGGAAAGAAGGAGGAGAAAGAGGUUGAAUGAUAGGCUUUCCAUGCUUAGGUCAAUUGUCCCUAAGAUCAGUAAGAUGGACAGGACAUCGAUUCUUGGGGAUACAAUUGAUUACAUGAAAGAGCUUCUUGAAAGGAUCGGAAAGUUGCAAGAAGAAAUGGAUGAAGGAACAGAUCAGAUAAAUGUUUUGGGAAUUUCUAAGGAGUUAAAGCCAAAUGAAGUCAUGGUAAGAAAUUCCCCUAAGUUUAAUGUUGAGAGGAGAGAUCAAGACACAAGGAUUAGCAUCUGCUGUGCCACAAAGCCAGGUUUAUUACUGUCAACAGUGAACACAUUAGAAGCAUUAGGCCUUGAGAUUCACCAAUGUGUUAUAAGCAGUUUCAAUGAUUUUUCAUUGCAAGCAUCUUGCUCAGAGGUCGCUGGACAGAGAAAUUGUAUGAACCCUGAAGAGAUAAAGCAAUCACUGUUCAGGAAUGCAGGUUAUGGAGGGAGGUGCCUCUAGGAAAAGGAUGGAAAGCUGACAUAACAAUUUGCAGAUGGUGAAAAUGAGCAAAAUUUUCCUCUUAUGUAAUUCAAGUAAUUAGGGUGUUAAAAAGUUGUAAUGAUAUUCCAAAUAAAUUGGCUUUUGUUGAUGCAAUCACUCUUAGGGUUAUACCCUGUAUUUAACAUACACUAGGGUAUCUUUAGAGCUA